GCCAGAGCAGAAAAUAUUUAAUCUGGGGGAAAAAAGAUGUUGAAUAUGAAGAGGCUGGUGGUGUUUUUGCUUUGCUUGGUCGUUUUGACCAUCUACACAGAUGCCAACCCCAUCAUCAAGGAGAGCUUUGCGAAGCAGCUUCUCCGGAGCAAGAGGCAGGAGAGGCCCGGGAAGGCAGGCCACCCCGAUGAGCCCAUGAGGGAGCACAUGCUUCACAUGCAGGCUCUCGACCAGAGAGCGCAGGAGACCAACAUGGAGCACUGGCUCAACCCUCACUGCUACCCGCGCUGUGACAGGAACUACGGACACCCUGUCUGACGAUGAAAGAAAACAGAAGCGUCAACACGAUAAAACUGGUUGGAAAUGGAAAAACGGAUCCGUGAAUACAUGGGAGUAGACAACGAAGACAUAAUUUUGCUUAUGUAAUAAUGCAUGUUCGUUUCUUAUAUGCAUUUAGAAUUAGUAUCACAUAACAUGAUUAGCUUAGUGGAAUG